CUGUUUAGCCAUCACUAUAAAGCCGCUCAACCCCGGUUCAAACGCGAAGAAGAAUCGAAAAGUAAGAAGAAAUUGGGAAAGAGCUUUGAUGACGAUGACGAGGAAUGGCAGCUAACCAUGGGAGGUUCAGUCACUGAAAGUCCAACAGAUGAAGAAAAGAGCGAUAGUGAUAUGAAGAAAGAAAAUGCAACAAGUUACAAAUGGAUUGAAAUUAUUCAUACCGAGGAAGCGCAUCCUACACUGCUGCUGUCAACAGCAGAGGCUGUCGAAGGUCUGGCGUUAAAAAUUCCUUCUGACGCACUUCAUCGUUUUGAGAAGGUAGAUGAGUAA